AGUCAGCAACUCACAAGGAAAACCGUCAGUCACUGUCACAAGGAUUGGGGUAUACACAUACAUACAUGGCUUUGAGUUGCCAUGGGCAACCCAAAAAAAAAAGUAUUCAACUUUAGUUUUUCCUUCGAUAAGAAUUGAAUAAAAACACACCAAAAAAGUUUGUGCCACAAAAAAAAGAGGAGAACAUUUCGCCAUAAGCAAAUUAAAAUAAAAAAAACUAAGAAGCAGAAGCAGUCGAAAAAGAAGAAGAAAAAGCAAUUUGUUUCAAACUGCAGAACAGUCAAUGGAGCCAGUCAAUGAAGUCAUUUGUAAUGGUCGUACAAUAGUUUUGCCCACCCUGGAAGUUGUUAAGACCAUACCCACAAUGUCGGCCGGUACCAAUGUCGAUUGGCUGUUGCACAUCUAUUUCGCCCGACGAGAUUUUGGACGCUGCAAGAGAUUAAUUGAACGUGAGCUGUAUCGACACUUGAAUCCUGAAUAUCUGUACUUUGUUAACGGUCUAAUUAAACGUGAGGAGGGCAAUAACAUUGAAGCUUUGCGUAACCUACAAAAGGCCUUGGAUUUGAAUAAUAAAAACAUUGAAAUUUACAAGGAAAUCGGGAAGACACUUUUUACAAUGGGCCGCUACAAUCAAUCCUUGGCCAUCUUUCGCGACGCCGAAGAAUUGUCCACACGCCUGGAUCAUGAAAUAUUCCACUUUAUAGGCGAGCUACUACUACGCUCGGCAGCCUCACGCAACGAAUGGGAAAUGGCCCAGAAGGAGGAACAAGAAGCCAAAGUGUAUUUCCAGAAAGCUGUACAAACUGGCAAGAAAAUCGAAAGUUUUCAGCGCCUGGCGGAAAUUCUGCGCAAGGAGAAGCAAUAUCACAAGGCAAUAGAGGUGCUGGAAUCGUGUCUAUUAUUGUCACCUGAAAACACCGAUGUUUUGACGGAAAUUGGAGUUCUUUAUUUGAAAUUGAAUGAAACGCAGAAGGCAUUCGACCGGUUGCUGGAGGUCAUUCAGUUCGACAGGAAUUGCCUGAGAGGUCUGAUGGCAUUUGGUGCCAUACUGCAGUCACGCAACGACAUCGAUGCCGCUUUGGGAAAAUACAAGGAAAUCGCUGCCAUCCAGCCGAACAUCGCCGAGCUGUGGAAUAAUAUUGGAUUGUGUUUUUUCAAGAAGCAGAAAUUAAUUGUGGGAAUUUCAUCGCUGCGUAAAGCCAUAUGGUUAUCUCCCUUAAACUACAAUGCCUUGUACAAUUUAAGUUUGAUUUAUAUAACAGCUCAGCAGUAUGCCAGUGCGUUCCACACAUUGGCGGCGGCCAUAAACUUGCGCAAGGAUAAUGCCGACUGUUAUAUGUUAUUGGGUAUAUGUCUACGCAAACUUGAGGAUUUUGAUAAUGCCUAUACCGCAUUUGAACGUGCCAGCAACAUAUCUCUGGGUCGUACAUCUAAUCCAACAGCUGGAAAUGUAACGAAAAUGGGGGACAACGAAAACGGAACUGCUGGUCGUGGGGGAGGAAAUGGUGGCGCCGCCACCGCUGCAUCAUCAUCGUCCCGAAAUCCUUUGAUUCAUUUAAAUUUCGCCCUGUUCUGCUACGAAACUGGACGCCUGGCCAUGGCCAAUGAACAAUACAAUCGUUUCGUCAGCUCGGCCCAGGACCUGGUGGCACUGCCAACCGAAUACAAAUACCAUGGCACCAAACUGAAAUCCUUGCUGAAAAUCUCUUCAUCCUCGGUCAGCAGUCAUAUUUUAAGUUCUGAGACUGAUGUGGUUGCUGCUGGUGGUGCUUCUGGUGCACCAUUCAAUCCGAAAAUCGAGGGAGAUUAUCCUGCACCAGCCCGCCGACCCCAAGAUAAUACCCUGCACAAUUAUGCAAAUGAUUCACAACUACAGCACCAUCCUGCAGGCGAAGAUAUCAGAGACUAUCACGAUUACAACUACCAGGCGGAAAACCAAAUGCAAUCGAACGAAAUGCCAUUGGAAGUGAAUGCUGUGGUCAACAACGAAGAAUGAAAUGAGUUCACCACUUGGAUAUCUGGCGGUGGUAUGUCCAUAGCAAAUACGGGUUGGUGGUGCGAUGUUCAAAACGAUAGACUGGGUUGUUUUUGUGAAUUUGCGGCAUCCAGUGUUCGUGAUUGAAUCCAUUAACAUUUGGAACUCCCUUGAUGCCAAUGAAUACCAGAGCUGAGCUGAAUUUAACUGAACUGAACUGACUUGCUGGCAUAUUGAUUCUAAACUGAUUUUGAAACUAUUAAAUUGAGUUUAUUAUAUAUUUUUUUGUUGUUGAACAAAAUUCUAUUAAAACUGUUA